AUGUUGAGAACGAAUUUCGAUAAGCCCGAAAUAAUGAGAGAACAAUUUAAAAGGCUCCAACAUGUUGAUAACGUGCUUCAAAGGAUGACGAUCAUUGGAGUCAUACUGAGCUUCCGUCAAAUCGCACAAGAGUCGUUACUAGAUGUCUUAGAGCGGCGUAUACCAUUUUUGAUAAGUUCCAUAAAAGAUUUCCAGCAGCAAUUGCCUAGUGGUGAUCCAAUGCGAGUUAUAUCGGAGAUGUGUUCGGCGGCCGGUCUGUCAUGUAAGGUGGAUCCAACAUUGGCCUCUGCUUUGAGGCAGCACAAAGCCGAACUAGAAGAAGAGGAGCAUUUGAUAGUUUGCUUGUUAAUGGUAUUUGUAGCAGUUUCUUUGCCGAGACUGGCUCGCAGUGAAGGUUCCUUUUACAGACCUUCAUUGGAGGGCCACGCUAAUAAUAUUCAUUGUAUGGCCCCAGCUAUCAACCACAUAUUCGGAGCGUUAUUCACGAUUUGCGGACAAGGUGACAUAGAAGACAGAAUGAAGGAGUUUUUAGCACUUGCCUCAUCUUCUUUAUUGCGUCUUGGCCAGGAGACUGAUAAAGAAGCAAUACGAAACAGAGAGUCCGUUUAUUUGUUGCUUGAUCUUAUUGUUCAGGAGUCGCCAUUCCUUACCAUGGAUUUGCUCGAAUCCUGCUUCCCAUAUGUUUUGAUACGUAACGCCUAUCAUGAGGUUUAUAAACAGGAACAAAUGCUAUUGCAUUCA